UAUCAGCAAGUAUAUCAUAUUGACUUGCAGAAUGUAAUUAUACCAGUUUCUUAUUGAACUACAAUAACAGCUUUUUGCUCCCUGUGGAUUUAUACAAGAUUCCAAAGGUUAAUCUUACAAAAACAUUCUCGAGAUAAUUAUAAACGGUGUUGUGGUAGUCAUGAUAUAUAUCGCAAUUAACAUCGUACAUUUCAAUUACGGUAUAUAACAGGUAUAUAACAGAAGUUUGUAUCGCAUUUUCCUGCUGAAAUAAGAUAUAUUAGUUUCUUGGAAAAGAUUGAUAGUGUUUGACAAACACAAUUUCUCUGACAAGAACAAUAAUUCUAGGAAACAGUGACAUGGAAAAUCUGUGCUCCUAGAAUUACCAUAGCAUAGACAUGAAAGAGAAACAAGAUUUUGUGGGGUGCAUAAUACGUAAAACUAUAUCUAUGCGGUUGAAAAUGUACUUGUGUUCAAUUAUCGUAAGUUUUCAUGUUUGUGUUUGAUAGAGAUAAUAUAAAGUUAUGAUAAAAGAAGAAUCGUGGAGUUUAAAAUUGAAAUGCACAGUGCUUUCCAAAAAAGAGACAGUUAUUACGCUAUAACAGCAGCAGCUAAAUUGAUUAUUGAUCGUGUUAAUACAAUGCAAUAACGGAUGGCUUUGUAUUAAUUAUUUAUACAUUGUAUUUUAAAAUCAAGUCAAACGAUUAGCGCAACAGUUUCACUAUUAUCACCAUAUAAGUUGUGUAAUAUUUUGAAAAUGUAAGUGGACAAGCAGACGAAGGGAAUCUUCAAUUGUUAACAUUAUUUAUUAUGGAUUAAAGGCUACUUUUGUUUUUCCCUGCUUACUGGAUUUAUAUAAAGAAGAAUCAUAACAAUUAAUAGAAUAUGGUUUCCGUUGGACUGUGUAUCUUAGAAACAAUAGCUGCAGUAGAAACUAUUUUUAGAUUAACUCAACAGUAUGGACUAUUGAUGGACAAUAAUGUAACGCAGGUUGUGGUAGGCGAUAAUGGCCCAAUUUAUUUACCAAGGACAGCACCGAGUAUGCACCACACGUCGAUCCAUCAUUACGCUAUGCAUGGGCUGUGUAGGAAUUUUGAAGGCAAAAAGAAGCUGUAUAAAGCCAUGAAGACCAAGUUAUGUCAAAUGAAAUUAUCAUUUAUAGCGGAGUUUGUAUUGGAUUUAUGUAGAGGGAAACAUGCUUUGUUGACAAAAUGGGUUGGAGAAUUAUUUGACAUUGAUGGGGACGGUUUUAUUACACAUUUCGAGAAACACUCAUUUGAUGAUGUCUAGUGGGUGCAUCGUUACUUAUUUCCAGAUCAUUCAAAGUUAGUGAACAAGAUGUUUUACGAAAAUCAUUGAAAUAAAAAAGUAAUACAUAUAUAUAUUUAGUCGAAAUGCUUGUUUUGUAAAGGGUGUUUUCUAAUAUAAU